GUUUUUGAAUCUCUACACCCAAAAGGCCAAGUUUUGUCAAUAAUCAGCAGUAAAUUUUAAUGGAGUCCUCUUUUAUGUUAAGUUUCUUCAUUUAUUGUCUGACGGCCUUGCCCAUUUCGACAGGACAGUUGCAGUUCCUCAGAUCCAAUUGGGACUGAUACAAAAUGGCUGUGCCACGCGAGGCAGCAGCUGCCUUUGCAUACACAGAACCGCAGAUUGUUACGGUUCUCAACCAAGCUGGGUUUUUAUUAGCGCUUAACCUCGUCAACGCCUGUCUUGACAAAUUCCUGUACUGUGGUUUGGUUGGUCAGCUACUUAUUGGUAUUCUCUGGGGCACCCCCGGCGCAAAAUGGCUUGAUCAGGAGACAGAAACAGUCAUACAGCAACUCGGCUAUCUGGGUCUGAUCAUGUUGGUUUACGAAGGUGGCUUGUCAACAUCGGUUAAAUUGCUGAGACGAAACCUUCUUGUUUCCGUGGCUGUCGCGGUUACUGGGAUUGGCGUACCAAUCGGUUUAUCGUUUGCCCUCAAGAAACUAGGGACAACAAGCUCUCUUCAAGUUUUUGCAGCUGGCAUGGCACUUAGCGCAACUAGUUUGGGAACCACCUUUACUAUCCUAUCAACUACACAGCUUUUAGCUACACGGCUUGGCACUGUAACAACUAGUGCGGCAAUGCUAGACGAUGUCGUUGGUCUCAUAAUGAUCCAAGUAAUCUCGAACCUUGGUGAGAAUGAAAAUUCCUUCAAAAUUGUGACAGUCAUUCGGCCGAUCUUUGUCUCGAUCGGAUUUGCCAUUGGUAUCUACCUUCUGUGGAAAUUUGUCCUGAAAACUGGCCUAAAUCGAUAUCUACUUUCGAAGAAUAAAGUCCCGGAAUUCUUGCGUACUAUGCCCUGUGCAUUUAUCGUACAAACGGCUGUUCUAGUUGGGAUCGUCUCUGCUGCCACAUAUGCAGGAACAUCAACCUUUUUUGCUGCUUACAUUGCCGGAAUCAUCACCUCCUCAUUUGACGAGUUGGUAGGUGAGUCCAAAGAGUCAGUUAUAAAGGCGUCGGGUGCCGCCCGUUCAACUACUGGUGCGGUUCAUAACCAAGCUAGAAGUCCCAUAGAAGGGAAUGUGCAUCAGCAAAGUGCCUCCAUCUAUGGGGAAGGAUCAUCAAGUACUUGUCCUCCAGAGCGGCAGACCUCACCCAGUGAAGUACAUACGGGUGAAAUAGUCUAUAAGACAUAUUACAAACAACCUGUCAACCGAAUCCUUGUUCCCAUGUUUUUUGCAUCGAUUGGUUUUGCGAUUCCCAUCGCAAAAAUGUUCCAAGGAAGCAUCGUCUGGAGAGGCCUCGUUUAUGCUAUUAUGAUGAUCUUUGGAAAAGCGGUGACUGGUCUAUGGCUUGUUAGAUUUUCACAAAGCCAACCUCUUGGUGCCGCCGGUCUUAAAUCGAUUUUUUAUUUUAUCCCUUUUUCCACCACUCAAAGUUCAAAAAACAAAAAAGGGGACAAGCCGCUUCCAUCCGGGACUCAAAGUUCAGAAAUUCGACAACAAGGUGACACUAACACCGGGACAAAUGAUGAGAAUGCUAAAGCUUCCAUCUCAAACACCGACACACACCCAGCAAGUCGGAUCGUGUCUCGGCCUGUUGUAUCUAUUCCUACUAAACCUAGAUCUUUAUACCCACCGUCCAUUCUCGGGCUAGCAAUGGUCGCACGAGGAGAGAUUGGCUAUCUCAUUGCUUCACUUGCGGAGGGGCAGGGUAUUUUCUCCGCCGGACCUUCUGGAGAAGCUUCGGAAAUAUAUUUGAUCGUCAUCUGGGCCAUAUCGAUUUGUACAUUGGUAGGUCCAAUUUGCGUGGGAAUUAUUGUCAAACGAGUGAGGAAGCUGCAACGCCUAAGGGAGGUUUCGGGUGGAACGGAUCCCCUGGGGGCUUGGGGUAUAUAA